AUGGUGAGGACGGCGGGGAAGCGCGGGGUUCAUGGUCAAGGAGGAGUCAAGUUCCAGAACUGGGCCAAGACCUAUGGCUCCUCUCCGGAGCUGUACUUCCAGCCUACGUCGGUGGAGGAGAUCCGGGAGAUCCUGGAUAUGGCCAGGCAGAGGAACAAGAGGGUGAAGGUGGUGGGGGGUGCCCACUCCCCUUCGGACAUCGCGUGCACUGAUGACUUCAUGAUCCAGAUGGGGAAGAUGAACAGGAUCCUCAAGGUAGAUAAGGAGAAGAAGCAAGUGACGGUGGAAGGUGGGAUCUUCCUCUCGGAUCUGAACGUUGAACUGAGCAAGCACGGGCUGGCCCUGGCCAAUUUGGGUGCCGUUUCUGAGGUGGCGGCGGCCGGUGUCAUCGGCACGGGGACGCACAACACCGGCAUCCGGCAUGGCAUCCUCCCCACCCAGGUUGUGGCGCUGACGCUGCUGACGGCUUCGGGGGAGAUGCUGGAGUGCUCCGAGUCGCUCAACGCAGACAUCUUCCAGGCUGCCCGCCUGCACCUGGGCUGCCUGGGCGUCGUGAUCACCGUCACCUUCCAGUGCGUCCCUCUGUUCCACCUGCACGAGGUGGCCUUCCCCUCCACCCUCACCGAG